GUGUGCAUCGGCAGUCGCUAUAGUCGCUACCAACCGGCCGAGUGCGUCCCAAAACACGACACGACGCGGCCGUCCGUCGUUUCUUUAUUCUCGCGAUACGAGUUCGAGCGCGCGCUUAUGAUAUUGUUAACGUAGGCACUGCGCGCGACCGGCUUCAAUAUUAUUAUUAUUAUUAAUAAAUAAUAACCGUACACUCUGAUACCCGACAAUAUCGCCCGGGUACAUCUGCGGUUGGCCGUCCGUUUUCAUUCGCCCGAUUUUGGUCCGUUUGGUCAACGACAAUAUAAUAAUACAUUACGAUAUAGGUAGGUGGUAUCGCGUCGCCGCACGUCGAAAUACACACGAGAAACGUACACGAGAGCGCCCAGCAGACGCUGUCAUGACUCAUGGUGUUACCAUCAAACGUCCGGACGAACCAUGGAUACGGCCUCCGACAUAAGUCAGAUUGAUGAUGAAAUAAUCAGAUUAAAAAAUGAACUCUGUAGAACGAAAAAUGCAUUGACCAGUCAAAUUAUCAAAAGACAUCAGCUAGUGGCUGAACUGUCACUGAAAGUUGACAAAAAAAAUAAUCAACUAAAAGAAUUCCAACGUUCAAAUUUCAACGAUCUAGGCAAAGUGUUGAGGUCACUGUACGUGUUCGAGUCAAAACUAAGAAAAGAACAACAGCAAAUCAGACGACAACUAGGGGAGAGAGAUUCGGUGAUAAGGCAACAGCAAAUAGAAAUUGCAAAAUUGAGACAGAAUCUAGCGAACCUUUGUCAUAAGAAUGAGACGCGCGAGGAAACGGAAAUUUCGAUUUCAAAGCCCGACUUGAUCACAUCCAUCUCGUCACAAUCACACUUAAACGAGCACGUGAAAAAUAACGAUGGAGAUUCUCCUUCCAAUUCGGAAAAACUCAUAGUGCUACCGCCGAAAUUAGAGGGACCGAGGAAAAAUGUCUUACCGGUUGACACGCGUACUAAGAAAAAUUCAAACAACAAUAUAAACUUUAACAAGAACGUAUACAGUAAAACUGUUACGGACUUGUCUCUCAAUGACAUAUCGUCGUUUCCAAACCCAACACCUAAUAACAACUUAUUUGUUGUGUCUAACUCUAUUUUCUCGAAAAACGAGUUUACAUACAACGAAGUCUCUAAAGAGGUGAUAACUUCGGUGAAGCAAAAUGGCAAGGUGAUCACGUCCGCGCUGAAGAAGGCGGACAAGUACCCGUCACCGAAGUCCGUGCACUUUGGCAAGACGACUCACAUACCCGAGCCCGACGACGACGGUCAGACGGACAUCGUCAAGACGGUGGAGACGCUCUUGCUGCAGGAGUGCGGCGACUCGACCGAAUCGGAGAACGACACGUCCAGCACGGCGUCCACGGAAACUUCUCCCAGCGUGUCGCAGAUGGUCCGGAAGUUCGAGAGCAUAUGCACCACGGCGGCCACGACUUCCGGUUCGGCGACGGGGUCGGAGUCUCGCGGCGCCGACGGGAGGUCUCCGAUUCCGGCGGACAUCCGUGGCGGCGGCGGCGGUGGAAGCGACGGCAGCUACAUCGCGGACGCCGACCUGAGGACGGCGGCCGAGCUGAACGUGAGGACCGACUCGGAACCGGACGUGUGCGGUGGCGGUUGCGCGGCGGUGUCGCUCAGCGACCUGGACCCUCGGAACAACUUCGAGGAGUUCCGGUUCGAGGACAGCGACCUGGACAAGGAGUACGGUUGCGGCCGGUCCGAGGCGGACGGGCUCGAGUACCCGUCCCGGCACGGUUCGUCGUCGCCGUCGUCCGUGGCCGCGGCUGUCUCGGCGGCCGCGGUCCUGCUGCGGUCGGCCGGGGACGACGGGGGUUGCUGCGCCGCCGGCCGGGUCAACUACGAGUCGUUCCUGGAAGUGACCGGGCUCAGCCAGAAGUCCAUCAUCACGGUGCAGUCGAACAGGAACGCGUACGGGUCGCACAGGAACGUGAAGAAGCCCAAGGACGUGAAGAGCAGGAACCGGGCCAAGUCGGCGUCGUUCGACUGCAAGUCCGCGUACCCGGCCGCCGUCAAGUACUGGACGGAACCCUAUCUCUGAGAGACAUACCUAGUUACCUAUACCUAUUUACUUUAUUUACCUGUGCACAUACCUAUUUAGUAUUACGUUAUCAUAAUAUUAUUAUAUUAUCAUGUUUUAUUUAUUUAUUUACUCUCUUUUUAUUGCGCCGAGAAAAUAUUUUUUAUAAUAUGCGUUGUUUAUCUUUGAUAUUGGACUUUUAUUUCAUGGCGGUCAUAAUAAUAUGGCUGUUGCGUAUGUGCGUGUGACCUAACCGGAAUAUUAUAUUAUUAUUAUUAUUAUUAUUUUAAUUAUUUUUAUGUUUAAGUAAGCACUGAUAUAAUAAAUUUGAGCCUGCGGUUAACGUCGAGUAUAAUCAAACAUUAUUAUAUUUUAAUAUUAUCAUAACGCGUGUUAACGACACAUAAACUCGAGUUUUUUAAUUAAUAAAUAAAAAAGUUUGUCCCACUCGCCACCGACGACGUGUGGAGUGUAUUUA